UGCCUUCAGGGAAUUGUGUAUGUUCUAUAUUCAACUUUGUAAUCUUUCUAGUAGACAUUUGGAAUGUUAUAAAAUUGAGUUACUCGAUAUUCUGAUAAUAUAUAGCAAUUUAUCUGCGUGUUUUCCAAUUAAAUGCCUCGAGAGUCGGAGUAUCUGAUCGGGCGUCAACAGUCGCAUCGACGUUAUAAUUUUUUUGUGCAUUGCCAUGAACGCCACAGAAGAAAAUGGCGGCUCCCAGUGGCAGGAUGGCGAGUCGGCCGCUGCUGCAUUAUCUGUCUUGUGCUGUUCGUCAGUUUACCAACAAUAGCUGCCUUCGCGGGUUGAGUUUACAGACCAAAAUAACGACGGAAGGGCUGCGCUCUCCGUGGACACUGAUGGCCGCGGUGUGUUUGCAGAGGCUGCCGGUCAUCUCGGUUGACCCGAGCCCCAUGGAGCAGCGGUUUGGACGCAUGUUACAGGAGAUGGAGCUGGAGAAAAGCAUCCUGUCGGACCACGAGCUGAGGCUGCACGAGGACGCGGAGAGAUUGCGUCGCAAGCAGUCGGAUGGCUACAACUCUGACGACGAGGACUAUCGCAAGGACCAGGAUAUCGUGCUCGCCCAGGACCUGGAGGAUUCGUGGGAGCAGAAGCUGAAGAGCUUCCAGCCGGCGCCCAGGGUCGUCGGUGACGUGGAUAAGGACCUGACCUCGACGGAGCGCUGCCUGGCCGACUCGCUGGUUCUGGUGGCCGAGCAGCAGGUCGGCGGUGAGAGGCUGUGGAUGCUCCCUCAGGCCGAGUGGCGGGAAGGAGAGACCCUGCGGCACACGGCCGAGAGAGCGCUCGCCUCCCUGCCAGCCGCUGCCCUCAAGGCGACCUUCCUGGGCAACGCCCCCUGCGGCGUCUACAAGUACAAGCUGCCCAAAGCCGCCCGCACCGACAGCUCGGUGGGGGUCAAGGUCUUCUUCUUCAAAGCCGUCCUGCCCGACGGCGCCGUCCUCUCGCCUCCGAACGCCGCCCUCAUGUGGCUGAGGAAAAAGGAACUGCAGCGCUUCCUGAAGCCGGCCUACAGCAUGAAGGUGGAGCGCUUCCUCCUCGGCCACUGAGACCGACGAGCAACGUGAGGCACACCGAUGCAAUCUGCGGAGAUCCAAUAUAAGAAAUCCGUGUACCUAAUGAAGUGUCUGCUGAGUCUGUCUGCGUUUAUGUGUUCUCUUCAGUGUCUUCUUGUUUCACUGUAUAAAUACAACAUUUUUCCACAUAUUGUAUGCAUGCAUGGAUUGUGUUCUGGAGAUAUAUUUAAGAUACACUUUUUAACAUUUAGCAUAACAAUAUAAUAUAGUGUUGCUGCACGUUAGCUGCAGUUUUUUUUUUUAAUCCA